AUUUCUGUAACAGAUAUUAGGACAAUGUUCAUGUUGAUUAUUAUUCAUUAUAUGUUUUACACUGACCUCAGCUUACACCUACAUUUUACUGUUAUAAACCAUUUAUUACAUGUUUAUAUGCUGAUUACACAGACUGAAUAUAAAGAGUUACUUACUAAUAAUCAUUAAUCAUUCUUUAAUUUCAUUUAGAUAAAUUUAUGGGCUAAAGAUCAGAUGAAUUAUGAUUUGAACACAUUUGUAAGAACCAGUCUGAAGUUGUGUGUCACCAGUUUUUGGACUAGAGCAUGUGCCACUUACACUGGUGAAUCAUGGGAAAUUAACCAUUUCAGAGCUGUAGCAGCGCCCAGGUAUGAACUCACUUGUCACACCUGAAGUCUCUGACAUUAAUUAUCAGUUAGAUUCAGGUUUUUGAAGCUGAUCUGUAUGAAAUGAGCCUGUUUGUGUGAAUAAUCAGCAUGUAAUUUGACUUCCUGUCAGCAGGGCUGAGCGGUGGCUCUGGUACACCGUGGCUCUGACAGUCAUCCACUCCAGCAGCUUAACAAAUAGGAUUAGAGCAAAGAGAAAAAAUCUCCAGCACCAGCAGCAAAGUCCCAUCUGCUCACCUGAGCCCGGCGACGCCGCGUCAGGACCGUCUUGAGAUUUCCUCUCUGAGUUUUCUGACAAAUGCCAUGCGGAGCAGUGGAUGGACGACCGUGAGAAGGAGGCCGCUGAUGAGCUGAGGAGGUGGGAAUAAGAAGCAGCGAGUCCGGGCCGGAGCUUUGGAGGAGACUUCUGGAGAAAUGGCUGGACAGCGUGGGAGGUUGAUGCUGUGGGCGCUCGGGGCCGUGCUGCUUUCAGGGUACAUGUUCAUGGAAACAGGUGCCACUCGUGACUGGAAGCUGGAUUCGGAGCAGCAUGGACAUUUGGGCGAACCGACGGCAGACUCAGGCCAGCUUUUAUACCGACGUCACGCGGCGCUGACUCGAAGGAAACGGAACAUCUUGUUUCCCAGCGGCGUCAAGCUUUGCACUCAGGAGACGUUCGACCAAGCUGUCACCAACCACCUGAGCUACUUUCACCUCAGAGUGUGUCAGGAGACGGUGUGGGAGGCCUUUAAGAUCUUCUGGGACCGGCUGCCGGAGCGGGACGAGUACCAGGACUGGGUCGGUCGCUGCAUGGACGGCUCCGUCAGCGUCAUGGACAUCGGCAGCUUCUUCAGCCAAUCAGAGGAGCACAUCGACCUCAUCAGGAGCAGAGUUGCCAUGGCAGCCGAACAGGUGAUGAACAGUGUGCCCGUCACGUCAGGCUCUCCUCCGUGCAGCUCUGAAGAAACGACGGACCGGACUGGAGACUCGGUGACGGAGCCAGGGGAGGACGGUAUCGUCAUCUCAACUCACCAAGACAAUCCUCCACCAGGCUUUGAGGUCACAGCUUGGAGUCCUCCACUCUCAGCCACCGGCGGGUCAGUCGAAGACGCUCCUGCAACGCCGUUCGCUAAGAUUCCUGUGGAUUUGACUGUUGCUGCUGCGCCAAUAGACUCUGAGGACGUCCAGGAGUCUGGAGGUGGCGUCACUUCAGAAAGUCAACCUUCAGUCGUCACUGACGCUGAGAUUCCCUCAGAGUCUGAGGAUGGAGAUGUUGCGGACAUGGCUGAGGAUACUGUGGAGGUUGAUGACUCUGUUACCCACAAGCCCUUUGAUGGGAAAGAAGACACAACUGUCCCAGAUACAACAAAGGAGGAGACUGUGGACUCUGUAGAGGAAGAUGACACGAUCCUUGAUUUCACUCCUGAAGAGGUGGAUGUUCCUGAUUCAGAGGUGAUUCAAGUUACCCCACAAGGUGAGGAGCCACCCUCAGAAGCUGUGGCUAAAGAGGUCCUCACAGAGGCUUCUGUUGUGGUUCUGACAAAGCCCACUACAGCACCUGCGACAGAGGCUGUCACAGUGGAGGAGUUAGGGCAGGGAGUAUCUCCAGAACCUGGUGCUGAGGCUCUGCCGGAUGUCGUGACUGUGGCAGUCCCAGAGACAUCUGUCGAAGUCAGCGUGGGCCGAGAAGUUGAAGAAAUUCCAGACAAUUCUUUGGAUAUCAUCCCAGAGGAAACCUUGACUGAUGAGGUUUUAGAGGAACCCACUGAGGAUCCACCAGAGCUAAUCACAGAAACAGCACCAGAUGAACCAGAUCUAGUUGAGGCAGCAAUUCUUGAAGAACCUGAAUCACCAGCAGAACACCCUUCAGAGGAAAUCCCAACUGUAUUUCUGAUAACAGAUCCAGAUUCAGAAGAAGAUAAAACAUUCAUGAAUGUGACUCCAGAACAAGAGCAUGUCUCAGAUGAAGAAGAAGCUCCAUCCCAGGCCUCUAUUCUGAUGACAACAGACAAGACAGAAGUAAAACUCAGUGAAGACUUUACAGAGGACAAAACACCAGAAGACGAACUGACACUAGUGGCCGAGGUUACUCCUGAGCCUGUUGUCGUGAUCUUACAAGAUGACAAGGAUGAAGAUACUGAGGAGAUAACACCAGAUAUUACAGCAGUACAAAUAGAGUUAACAGAGGAAGAAACACCUGACCAAACUGUCACAGAAGAAGAAGCAGUGGAAGCAACAGACAAGCCAGAAGAAGAGGUAGAAGAAGAAAUCAAACACAAAGAAGCUACAGGUGUUUCUGAAGAUAAGAUUACUGAAGCAAAGUCUCCUGCGGGGGAAACAACAAAGACAGAAACAGCUGAAGAAAAAGAGGAAGACGGGGAAAUGGUGGAAACGGCAGAAGAACAACUACCUGAGGAAGCAGAGGGGGCAACAGUUACUGUGGAGGAACCGGGUGAAGCUGCAUUAGAGCCAGUGAAGACAGCAGAUACACAAGAAGACGAAACAACAAUAGAGCCGACAGGAGAACCUACGGACGGUGGAGAGGAAACACCUGACGCACCUAUAGAACCAGUGGAGGAGGAAACAGAAGAAACUGUAGAAGAACCAGAACCUGCAGAAGAAACCGUGGACACAACAGAGACAACAGAAGGUGCUGUUAAAGAAACAGAACCUGCACAAGAACCAGAACCUGAAGAAGAAAUUGUAGAAGAGACAGAACCCACGGAAAAACCAGGUCAAGAUGUAGAACCCAUAGAGGAAAUUGUAGAAGAGACAGAACCCACAGAAGAACAUGAAGUAGUACCUGAUAAAACUGAUCCUGACGUUACAUUUGUGGAUAAAACUCAAGAAGCAGUCGGAGGCGAAGCAUCAGAGGAGAGAACGGAGGAAGAAGAAGAAGGUUUUGGAGAACCUGAAGCAGAGGGAACUAAACCAGAAGUUACAGAGGAGGUCACACCAGAGAUCCGCUCAGAGUCUGAUGAGGAGAUCACUCCUGUUGUUGUUGUUGUUCCAGAGGACACUGAGGGAUUGUUGCCAGGGACUGAAGUGGAGGAAACACCUGAACCACAGGUCACAGUGGAACUUCCUGGAGACUCUGAGGAAGAAACCUCCAGGGAGAGUGCGAGUACCACCCAGGUGGUUGAGCUUCCAAGUCAGGUCUCAGAUCCUGGAUACUUUCCAGAGGGUGAAGAAGAAACUGUCCCAGAGGCUCCAAGUGAAACAUCUCCGGAGGUUGUGACUCAAACCCGUCCAGGAACGACUUCAGAGGUAGAAACCCCUGAGGAGCCUGCCCCAGAGGUCGCCCCUGAGGAGGAUGGCGCUCCGAGUGAAGACAGCGUUGCUCCCGCGGAGGUUCCUCUAGAAGACGAUGAGGGUAUCUCUGUUGAAGAUGCAGGGAAAUUGAUGACGGAGGCUCCAGCUGAAGUCCCGUCUGAAACCACCCCAGAAUCUGUUGUGGACGUUACUGCGGCGAGUACCGCCAUGGAAGAGACGACCCCUGGUGCCUCUUUGGAAGUCACGACCAAGUACGUAGUGGAGUACAACAACGGAAACUUCCCCGAUCUAACGGAAAGGCCUCGCGAUGUCGAGGACAACUUACUGGGAAACAACGGCUUCGGGUUUGAGGAUGAGGAGGAGAACUCUAUCGCUAACGAGAUAGACGACACCUUGUUGCGGCCCCCGAGGCCCCUGAAGGACCAGGUGGUGGAGCUGAGCAUCAAGCUGAGAGGAGAAACCUACAACGACGCGCUGAGAGACCCGAGCAGCUUCCACUACCAGCAGCUGGCCAGACACUUCACACACAAGAUUGAAGACGCCUUCGAGAGGCUGCCGGGCUUCAAGAACGUCUACAUCGUCGAAUUCAGGCCACAGAAGGACCUGGAGCGGGGUCUGGUUGUCCUGGUCCACUACGCCAUCACUCUGGAGGUGGACAGCGGCGGCAUCGCCAACGACACGCUGGACUUCAUCUCUCUGCAGAACAACCUGGUGGAGAAGAACUACCCCGGAGCCGCCGAGCAGCCCACCGUCGUCUACACCAUCACCGACUUCCGCAACUACAUCACAGAGGCGCUGCACAAAGACAACUUCAUGACCAACAGCAGCCUGGAGGCGCAGGCCGACCCGCUGCAGCUGCAGAACGCCGACAACUUGCUGCCGUCUGUGAAACCUACGAGCCGACCUGCAGACGCCUUCGACAACAUGGACAACGUGCUGGCGGCAGAGAAACCUCCAGACGCUCCGAGCCACGAGGUGGACAGCAGCGACGUCUUCCUGAAGAAGGACGAAUUCCUGUUCGACCCCUUCGACCCGUGGAAAGGUCCCCAGAGCGGGGGGGUGAGCGAGAACGACGUCUUCAUGUUCGAGGAGAGCACGGCUCCUCCUCCGCCACCGCCCGCCGAUCAGACGUUAGACCUGGAGCCGGCGACUCGAGGCAAUAGUGGAAAUAUUGAAGACGAGGGAUUUCUCCUUAAUAAUGCUCCCGGCGCCGUAGACGACGCCCCCCGAGGGGACCACGCAGUCAGUCCCGGAGGCUCCUCUGCGGCGCUGAAACCUCAGACGGGCUCUGAGAGCACGUUGGACGAUGGAUCUGGCUCCGGUUUCUCUGGAGACGGCCAGGGAGCUGAUCUCUGGUCCUGGCAGCCCGCGGCGACAUCUGAUGGCACCGGCUUUUACCCCAGGGGGGAUGGCAGCCUGGAGGUGCUGCCGCCACCUGAUCUGGAGGAGACUGAUGAGGAGGACGGGGACCAGGAUGAGGAGGGGGUCGUAGUUGAGCUGCCGGCCACUGACAAAGAUGAUGUGUUUGCAAUGGGAGUAGAAUUCACUGACGCUCCCCCUACAGCUGUUCCUGCUUUUGACGAGUCUUUGCCAGCCGGAGACUUCCAAGAACCUUUUCUGGAUCAGGUCCUGGUCACGCCGCACAUCAGCACUGACCCGCGGUAUUCAACCACAACCCAAGCGCCUGUAUUCUCACCCAAAGGAACCUUGACUGUCGAACUUUCAGUGCAAACAAUGGAAGCCUCCGGUAUCUAUGACGACUAUGCCUUGACGAAGCCACAUUUGAUUUUGGCGCCAGUCACAGAUUCCCCUGAACCUGAAGCGUGGACUCGUGAGCCAGGACCAACAGAUUCAGCAGUCGAGCUUCAAGAAACCACCUCAGCGGAGGAAGGAAAGACUGCAGCAGAGACGGAGCUUCCUGUUUCAUCAGCAGAAGGUGUAGCUGAGGAGGAAGAGGAGGAGGAGGAGGCCUCUGAUACUGACGCCGCCUCAAACGAAGAGGCGCCGACCUCUGUGGAAGAACCCGGCUUUGACGCGUUCACAGAGCAGCCGGCAGAACUCGAGGUUCUCACGGACAAACCCAAACUGCUGCUGCCAGAAGCAGCUGAUCAGGAGGAGGUUGAGAUCUUGGAAGAGCAGCACAUCGACUCCUCUGACGCUACAGCAGCAGCAGAGCCGCCACUCCAAGUAAACAGAGACCUCGUUGUGGAUGAAGUCAUGGUCGUCACCACGACUGCUGCUCCGGACCCAACUUCAUCUGUAAGCUCAGACCGCGGCGGCGGCGGCAUCGGCAUCGCGCUCUCACCUGAGAAGGACUCACCUUUCACUCGAGUAUCAGACUCUGUGCCGGAGGACGAGGACCUGCUUCACCAUGAACACCUGAACCACGAAGAUGUAGACGAAAUUCCAGUAAGCGCUCCGCCUUCAGAUGUAGCUCCGGGUCUGACGGUGGGGGUCACCAACAAAACAGGAAGUGCUGUAAUAGACGCCGCAGAGACGUCGCCAUGGGAACCUGAGCAGGAUGUCGACUUGGUUACGACAGAUACAGAGAUCCAGGUUUUUGAGCAGGACUUCUCUGACAUGCCGAGCAUCGACGUCAGCUUCGACGUGUUCCAGUACGGCGGCAUGGCGACUGAAGGCGACAGCAGCGGCUUCUCCAGCGGCGCUCAAGGGUCAGAUUUGGACGCCAUCGCAUUACCGACUCGACCUGGCAGGGCCCUAACUGUGUUCUUCAGCCUGAGGGUGACCAACAUGGCGUUCUCCAUGGACCUCUUCAACAAGAGCUCCCCGGAGUACAAGGCCCUGGAGCAACGGUUCCUACAACUGCUGGUCCCGUACCUGGAGUCCAACCUGAACAACUUCCAGAACCUGGAGAUCCUCAACUUCAGGAACGGCAGCAUCGUGGUCAACAGCAGGAUGAGGUUCGGUAAACCGGUUCCCAGAGGCGUCACCAACGUCGUCUACCUGAUCCUGGAGGACUUCGCCAACACCGCCUACCAGACCAUGAACCUGGCCAUCGACAAGUACUCGCUGGAUGUGGAAUCAGGUGACAGGGCGGACCCCUGUAAGUUCCAGGCGUGUAACGAGUUCUCCAGGUGUAUGGUGAACAGGUGGUCGGGCGAGGCCGAGUGCGUCUGUGACGCCGGCUACCUGAGCGUGGACGGUCUGCCGUGUCAGAGCGUCUGUGAGGUGCAACACGACUUCUGCCUCAACGACGGCAAAUGUGACAUCAUCCCCGGCAAGGGCGCCAUCUGCAGAUGUCGGGUCGGAGAGAACUGGUGGUACCGCGGUGAGCACUGCGAGGAGUACGUCUCCGAGCCGCUGGUGGUGGGCAUCGCCAUCGCCUCUGUGGUCGGUUUCCUCAUGGUGGCGGCCGGCAUCAUCUUCUUCCUGGCGAGGACGCUGCGAGAGCAGUACGACGGGGAGGACACGGAGGACCCGCUGAGACGUGGAGACAGUGUGCCGACGCUGGAGCGCGCCACCAAGUUUAACCCCAUGUUCGAGAGCGACCCCGUCACCGCCCAGUACUACCGCCGCUACGAAGAUGACGCGCCACAGCACUACCGCCGGCGUGACCCCAACCUGCCGGAGUACAGCAGCUCUGCGAGUGUGGACAGCUCCAGAGACGUCAGCAGUGAGGAGAUACGACACAUCUAUCAGAACACCUCGCUCACUAAAGAGGAGAUCCAGGAGCGUCUGAGGAUAAUCGAGUUGUGCUCCAGGGAUCAACACUUUGCAGACUUUGUGCGACAGACUCAAGUAUUCCUGGAGCGGAGGGGCAGCUCCUCCACAUAGUGAACGGAGACGUGGAGACCUCCAGAAACCUGCCUUCGUCUUUGACUCGGGGAAGGAGGAGGAGCUUGUCUUCACCUGACUGCGUCUGAUUGGCUGGACGGAGCUGAAGGUGAUGACAAGCUGAACCUGUUGGGAGUUUACUUUCUCAGGACUCUUCCUGCUCUGUCGGACUGGUUUCCUCUUUCUGGGACCUGAACUGAACUUUGACCUCUGCAGGUCGCCUGUUCCUCUUCCCUUUACCUGUUAUCUGUUCUCUGUAAAUACUGUCACCUGUUGUUUCUGUUGUUGAGUAACACUUCAGUCACUGCUUUCACUGUUUUCACUGCUGAGUACCUCUGUCUUACACUUUCAUCUGUAGCCUGAAUUCAAGGGUUUGUGUUUGCGUCCCGUCCUGCACGUCGCCGCUGCCGUAGAAAGAAAACACGUGUUUAGAGAUGACGGACUUCGCGGGUCGUAUUCUUCUUCUUAUUUAAAUUUCUCCCACGUGGUUUCUCCUUCACAGCCGUGACUCCUCCCCGUCAGUGCCUUCACCGCUCACUGCUUUUUUGGGAUUUGAUGCGUAGAAUCUCGGAGCCCUUGACGUUAAAUCAUCAUUCCUGUAACUCCCCGACAGGUGGGAUCAGUAAACCCUCUUCUGUUUGUCCAGUCAGCUGCUUACCGAACGCCUGCGAUUCACACGAAUGUUUACAUUUCUCAAUCGAUGCUGGAGUGUUAACUGAUGUGUAGUUCAUGUGUAGACUGUCAGUGUCUUGUAUGUGCACGUUUUUUUAAGAAGUCCUACCUUCGAGUGUUCGCAUGAGGGAACUCCAGGAACCUGAAGGUCCUUCACAUUCAACAACUGGAGAAAUGUUUUCAGAGAAUAUCUCCUUCAUGGAAGUUAUGAGCUACAAGUUCUCAUCUAAUUCGCACAAGAUAUUACCUCAUUUAUCUUUUCAAGAGUCAAGAUUUAAUUUGUUGAUUCCAGAUAUGAUCUUGUUUGAAAACGUUAUCUUGUAAUGUAGAUAAUACACAACAUCUAAUCUCGCUCCCAGAGUCAGAGUCUUGUUUGAACGAGAUAAUAACUCGAGAGUGAAUCAAUGAAUGAAUGAAAUGAAACUUGAGUAAUAAAACAUUCAUCCCCAUGACGAACAGCAACAUGUUUUUAAUGAGAACUGAAUUUUCGUUGUUUUGAAUUUGUACUUAAAUCAACCAUCUGAAUGUAGUGAUGUUUCCAGUGAACAGCUGAUGUUGUUGUGUGUGUAGUUACUGUGUGUUGUGUACGAACACGUCACACGUCUGCAGGGCUGUGUUGUUUUCUAUUGUGUUUUCUAAGCUGUGCGUUUAAUUAGAGUGUGAGGAGAAAAACCAGACUGUGAUGUGCACGUGCGAGCGGGCACAUCACAUUUUUCUAAAAUAAAAUCACAAUAUUUUUUA